AUCCAACCAAUAAUUAUUGGGGACAGCUUGAUUCUGGGGGUGAAAGGAUGUCAAUAUUCGCGUCUCUUCUUCUGCUUCCCUCUUUACCCUGAUGGACCGCGGAGAGGAGAAAUCCAAAGGAGCCACCGCCACCUCCAUGGAAACCCUAGCGGCGAUCACCGCCGGCCUUCUCUCCUCCAAGAUAGCCUCUCCCUCCGACUCCCCGCCGCCGCCCUCGUCCCUCCUCCUCCACCUUCCCGGCGGUCGCUUCCUGUAUCUCCUCCGCCGCUUCCUCCUCCUCUUCCUCCACAUCCUCCUCUCCCUCCUCCUCCUCCCCCUCUCCCCUGCGCUCCCCAAACUACACUCCUCCUCCCCCGCCCUCCCCAACCUGCACUCCUCCUCUCCCGCCGCCGACGGUACGAGCGCCCCCGCCCGCGCCCUCGCACACGUCCUCUCCCUCGUCGCCCGCGUCCCCGUCGCCUCCCGCAAGUACGAGCUGGUCCGCUCCCUUGCCGAGCGGUUCCUCGACGAUAACCUCCGCCUCGGCGCCGCCGCCGGCCUCGACGAGCUCAACCGCGACGCCCUCUCCGCCGCCUUCUGCCGCACCCUCCGCCUACUCGAGGCCGCGACCGCCGCUGCCGUCUCCGCAGCCUCCCCAGCGGACCGGUCGCUUGACAUGAUAUUCGGGGCGGUCAAGUCCGGGAUGAGGCGGUUUGCUGCGGCUGCGUCGGUGCCGGAGGAGGGGGACGUGGUGGGCGUCGGCGGGGGCGAGUCGGCGGAGAAGCUAGCGGCGGAGGUGCUGUGGCUGGCUCAGAAGAUGGCGCAGAGUGGGGCGGCGGCGGAGGCGGUGGCUCGGUGGGGAGCGGCGGCGAGGCUCGGCCGCCUCGCACUCUCCGCUGAGGUCCGGCUUCAGGUGGCCUUCGUCCGCGUCUCCGUAUUCUUAUUCAAGCAUGCCAACUCUAAGCAAAUGGAAGCAUGGAAAGGAGAAGGUGAAGAUAGAUCCAUAGCCCACUGUCAGAUGGCGAUGUUGACUUCAUGGCUGCCAUUGCUCUGCCGUGCCAGCAAUGGUACAGACACUCCCAUCCUGAGCAGCGGGGAAAGAGCAGAGAUGGUGAGGGUGCUGGAGGAGAUGAUCGAGCAGUUAGGCUGGGAACAGCAGGAGGAAGUCAUGGCACUCUGGCUCUAUCACUUCAUGUCCUGCCCGGACUCCGACUGGCCAAAUCUGGAGUCAUGCUACAUCCGGUGGUACUCAGAAUCUAGGAAGCUUCUUCUGAAAUGAUGCAUAUUUUAUUAUUUUAUGUUCCAAUGGGACAUAGACAUAAUUUUCUUAUGUAAUAUUAGUCACUCCCUCCAUUGAUGAUUUCAAAAUCACCCAUCUAUAUGGGAUGAUGGAGUUUAGCUUCUGUUAGAUGCCUCAAUCUUCCAGAAGCCUCAGACAGUUAAUUAUACUGCGGUACAAUCAAAUAUACCAUUUAUAUACUUAACAAAGCCGUUUCUAUUUUUUAUGGAUU